UGAUCGCUACCUCUCCUUCUUCAUGCCCCUGUUUUGAUGUCUGAAGGAACCCGAACCCCGAUAGCGCAGGCUUGUUUAUGUAUAGAUAGGACGGGCAGGCGAACGUUGUGCAUGUGACUCGAGGGCUUCGUAGCUGUUGCGUUGACAUUAGAACAUGUACGACGUGGAGCCAGAGGAAUGGCACUUCUCCACAGCAACACUGGACGCAGUGGGCACAGAGAUGAGUCAGAAUCUUCGUCAAGCGAGCGCACUCAUAAGUCUUAUUCCACGACUCAUAGCACUCGCGAUCCGCCUUGUCACCAAAAUGCUCGAGGGGUGGGCCGACACUAAGAGAUACAUAGGCGAGGAACGCUGAACCCUGCUUGGGCGGUCCGUUCCGUCAAUAGUCCUGUCCGUGUAGCGAUGGUAUUGACCGAAGUGCUUUCGUCGCUAAUAACGUGCGUGCACGAACAUGGCGUCCGCCUUGGUGGAGAUGACCGCAGCGGAACCCGGGCUGCCGCCAUUGUACUCAUUGAGCUCGCAUGCGAGGGUGUGCUCUCCUGCACGGAGCGCCGUCGAUCAGAGGCGGUGGCUGUUUCUAAUUCUGGCAGCCUCGUUAUCUUUGAGUCCCUUUGAGUGUGCAUCUUUGGCAGGCUCGGCGGGCCCGAGAGUUAUUGCCGCCCGUGUCUUCGAUAAAGA